AUGUUUCGAUGGAAUGGUGAUUCUGAUAUCUCAAACAUCACACCAAGAUCGAUUCACAAUCCUGCAUAUGGAUUCUUUUAUGAUAAGAAAUCUACAAAUAGAAAUCUUUCAGUCGCAGAUUCAGAAGGAAUUUCUCAAUUCCAAAUUUCUCUUGUAGAUCAUAAAAAUGAAACUAUGAACGUCGAGUAUAAUCCUUUAGAUGUAUUUCUAAACGCAAAACGGCUUAAUACUUCAAAAAUUCCUCCACCACCAAUUCCACCAAAGCGGCAAAACUUGAGAUCGGGAUAUACAUUAUACAUGAGAGAAGUUAGGCCGAUAGUUCAUGAAAGAAAUCCUGACAUUCCUUUUGGUACAACAACAAAAAUGGUUGCAAAAAGUUGGAAUGAGUUAACACCAGCAGAACAAGAGGAAUACAACAUAAGAGCACAAAACAUGCCAGAUUUACAAGAAGAUUAUCACAAUGAAAUGGAACAACAAAACGAAUUUUAUGGAAUCAGACAACAGAUACCUCCGCUUAAUCAGGAUAACCAAGGACACUCUCUUUACGAUAUUAAUCAUUUUCAAAAUUAG